AUGAAACUCCUGUUUGUCUCAGCACUGGCUGUCGUGGUCCGGGCGGGACCCCAAGGCUACAAUAUAGCCACGCCUUCUGGAGGAGGAUUAUCUAUUGGUGGAGGCCAUUCAUCAGGAGGAAUCUCUGGUGGGAGCGGAAUCUCACGUGGUGGAUUCACCGGUGGCAAUGGAAUCUCAGGUGGAGGUUUUGCCGAUGGCAACGGAAUCUCUGGUGGUGGAUUCGCCGGAGGCAGCGGAAUCUCUAGCAGCAGCGGCUUUUCUGGUGUUGGAUUUUCCGGUGGCAACGGAAUCUCUAGUGGAGGACUCUCCGGUGGCAGCAGUGGCCCUGCAGGUGGUUGUGCCGAAGGAGAGAUCUUGCAUGUGGAUGGAUCUUGUGUUGUCCCCGUGGUUACAAGAAACGUCUUCUUGUAUAACGCUCCUGAACAGUCUCAGCAGCCAAGUGGACCACCACCAAGUCUUCCACCGCCAAAGGUUGAUCACAAUAUCCUCUUCGUACGUCUUCCUGAAGGAGGAGUAGGACCAGAACCUAUUAUUGUUCCUCCACCAAAGCAGGAGAACAUCGUGUAUGUCCUGAACAAGAACGAUGGAGCAGGCGGCCAGCGAGUAAUAGAAGUUACUGCUCCUCCACCUUCUGAUCCUGAAAUUUACUUUGUUAACUACGAGGAAGGAGAGAACCCAACUCUUCCUAUUGCGCUGGUGGUCAAGUCAUUGGAGGCGUGGGAGGUGUCGGUGGGUCUGGCGAUGGAGGAUUUGGCGGUAGUGGAACAGGUGGAAGUGGAGGACUUGGAGGUACAGCAGGCAGUGGAGGAUUUGGAGUAG